GAUUGUAUCUGUUCAAUUGAUAAACAAUUUAAUUAUGAUUUGGUUUGUUUCUUGUUUAAUUCAGUUUUGUCAAUCUAAUUUGUUUGACAAUUAAAAGUGUUUAAGAAUUUAUCAACAGUGGCAGAGAUUGAGAAGAAUAGAAAAAGAAAAAUUCGAUUGUAAAAAAAUUCUCUUCUCAUUUUUGUUUUGUUUUUGUUUCUAAAAAAACUCUGCCUAUCACUAAACUAUAACAUCUAUAUUAUACUUAACGAUUAUGGGUUUUUUUAAUUGUUUCCGUUCUCGACCUAUUAUAUUACUUUUCAUUGCCUCAACUAUCACAUUGUCAAGUUUUUUAACCUUUUUUCUUAUGCCCAAUGUGAUUAAAUCAAUUAUUGCUAAGACACUUCCAUUAGUUAAUAGUUCAACUUCACUCACUUUUGACAAAUGGGAAAGUAUUCCGAUUCCAAUUGUGACCAAUUUUUACCUUUUUAACAUUACUAACCCUGAGGAGGUGAUAAAACAUGGCCGAUCACCAAUUGUCCAAGAGCUUGGUCCCUAUGCUUUUGCUGAGUCAAGAAAAAAAGUAGAUCUCAGUUGGUCCGAGAAUCUUGAUAUUGUUAAUUAUGGACAAUCCAGGACGUGGAAAUUUUUACCUGAACUAACAAAUGGAUCUUUGGACGAUCCUGUUUAUCAUCUUAACGUUCCUAUGGUGGCGGCUGGCUCAACUGUCCAUGGUCGUAUCUUCACUGCCAUGGCUUUGAAUGGAGUGAUAAAGGCUACUAAUAGUCAUCUAGUUGCUAAACACACUGUCAAUGAAUUACUUUUCACUGGCUACGAGGACUCAUUGAUUACCUUCGCUCGAACCUUGGGAAUGGAUGUUCCAUACGAUAAAUUUGGCUGGUUUUAUGGUAGAAAUGGUACAGUUUCUGAUGGUACAUUUGGUAUCUACACUGGUGCUUUGAGUCUUGAUCGUUUCGACACAAUGUACUCUUGGAAUAACCAUACUACGCUACCACUUUGGUGGGGCGACGAAUGUAACUCCCUGGCGGGUGUUUCAGCAUCAGAUUUUCAAAUACCCUUGCAAAAAUUUCCAGCCUCUUCCAUUAAAUUAUUUGUCGGUGAUACUUGUCGCUCUCUCGAGCUUCCCUUCGAGAGACAGGUUAUCAAAUAUGGAGUAAAAUCAUUCAGAUAUUCAGCUGAUUCUGGUUUAUUCAAUUACUCAAUCAAAAGCAAUCGAUGCUACUGUAACAAUAAUGCAUGUCCACCUGAUGGUGUCGCUGAUAUAUCACCAUGUACCCAUGGGUCACCCGCUGCAAUGUCUCUGCCUCAUUUCUUAUUCGGAGAUGCAUCUCUCUUUGAACGUGUUCAUGGUCUUCAACCAGAUAUAAAUAAACAUGAAUUUUACAUGGAUGUUGAACCGACUCUUGGUGUUCCCACCAAAGUAAAGGUAACAAUGCAAAUCAACGUUCUAUUGGAAAAAGAUGAACUACUUAAUUACGCCAAGGACUUAGCAUUUGACAAAACUUACGUUCCAAUGAUCUGGUUUAGUGCUGGAGCUGAACUGGAUGAAUCUAUGGCUGGUCAAUUGCGACUUUUGCAAAAUCUUGGUCUCAUUCUCAAUAUUUUCGCGUCCCUACAAGCGACAGUUGUUAUUAUCUUACUUUCCAUAACGCUGAUUUUUUAUCGAUCUCAAUUAUGUUCCUCAGAGAAACAUCACCUGGUGCCAACCGAAGACGAAGAUUCAAACGAUAGUUAAAUUUACAUAAAUUCACGGCAAUCAAUUAAUUACUUUUUUUUCAUAAAUAUGAUCCCAUCAUCAUCAUCAUCAUCAUCAUCAUCAUUAACUAAUCAUGAUGAAUUGAUAAAAAAAACAAAUCGUGUUCAAAAGUCUUUCAAUCAUCAUCCUCAUCAUCAUUUUCACCCAAAGAUUUUGCAAUUUUCAAUUGAAUCCAUUGUGCUGAUUCUUGUAUUCCUAAAAUCCGAAUUACUUUAUACAAAAAUUCCUAUCUUUGUUACCUGUGGUUUCUUAAUUGUAAUUAAAUUUACAAACUAUUUCCUACAUCGAAGUACUAAUUGAUAAAUAUGGA